UUCAGUGCGCGACGGUUGUGCCGAGUCGCUCCGUGAUUCCGUCGACAUUCUUAAAGUGUCGCGCGCGCGUCACUAAAAGUCAUAUCUGAUAGUGAAGUCUAUCGUGAGUCAUGUGACAACGAAUAGGUAUAACUUUGCCUUAAUAACACUUGGCAAAGAAAGGUGCUUGUUUUCAGUGUUUAACUCAGUUUUUUCAUAAUCGUGAAUACGUGUUUCUGUUAAUACCACGUGAAAUUCGAAUGAAAUAUCACAUCGAUUUCCUUCAUCUGCACGGGAUCUAAACACAGGAGUUUGACGUCAAGGAUAAGAACGUGAUCGCGUUGCGAGUUAUGAGUGUCAGUUUUAUCAGUGACGGACGAAUCGGCGUCCUGAAGUGCAUAGCAUUAGUGUUUCUCGCGCGAGUUCCUCGUUAGUUUUGGUAAAUAGUGUUUUGUUUGUCGUACAGUGACGCCUUCAUUGAUUUCGAAUUGCAAAUGGUCCAUUGCACCUGAGACGAGCUACGACGGGUACCAGGAAACGGAGGCCUUAUAUGGACGUUCCACCCUUUGGCAUCGUUAGAAUUCACUUAAGGCUACCAGCGCUAGUUUUCGUCGUGGGACCCGAAGCUGUAAUGGCGGGACUGAGUCACUCCUGGCGACACUGACGUCUGGACCAACAGGAAAUGUUUUCGGACUCAUGGAAAUAAUAUAGGCCGGCUUAAUCGUACUGUUAUCAGUGUCGUGGGCUAUCGGGAGAAAACUCAAGGAGCCACCAGGGAUCGAGAGUGCCGAUUUAUCAGGACGGUAGAAAGGCGACGAUCGCCUUCAAGGAUCAAGGCGUCACUUUUGUUUACUGUCUGGAUCAAUUAAGAAGAUCAACACCGACCUUCCCGUUGCGGUCCAGAUCAUUCGAAGCUGCGUAAAGAUUGUUCACCGGGGAAAGUGGUAGCUAACGAGUUGGGUCCAGAGUCCCGUUUUCGUCAGUACUACAAGAGAGGGAAAGAGCGAAAAUGGAGACGUCAAGGGCGAUGGAGUUUCUCUGUCUGGUGCUGAUGGUUGCGGUUUGCGUGGGUCAGGAGGACUGGGGCUGCCAGCCACCCUGCAAGUGCAAAUGGGUCUCCGGGAAGAGGACAGCUGAAUGCAUAAGACAUAACCUUACCCAGAUACCAAAUUCACUUUCGUCCGAGAUACAGAUCCUGGACAUGACCGGUAACCGCUUGGGUCACCUAGAUAAACGCGCGUUCAGUCGGGUCAACCUUAUCAAUAUACACAAAUUGAUAUUAAAGGAGUGCUCCAUAGAGACGAUACACGUGGAAGCUUUCAGAGGGCUUCAAAUCGUCAUCGAGAUUGACCUGUCGAUGAACAAGAUCAAGGUUCUCAAUCCUGGCACCUUCGCCGAGACGGUGCGUCUUCGUAUCCUCCUGCUAAAUCACAACGAGAUAGAGGUACUGAAGAACGAACUCUUCAACAACAUGAGGUUCCUCCAGAAGGUGGUACUAUCCAACAACAGACUUAAGCACAUCGGCAACAAAACGUUUCACGACCUGCCGGACUUCAAGUCCCUGAAACUCGACGGGAACAAUCUGGUAAACGUCAAGUUGAAAACCUUCGAGAACCUGCCGAAGCUCUUCAGUCUGGAGCUGCACAACAAUCCCUGGAACUGCAACUGCCACCUGAAAGCUUUUCGCGAUUGGACGAUAGAGCGGAAGCUCUACACGCAGCCAACGACCUGCCAGCAGCCCCGAAACUUAGCUGGAAAGAUGUGGAACGAGAUAAGCAGCGAUGAGUUCGCUUGUCGUCCAGAAAUACAAUCGGUGGGUCCAAUGACGAGACUUGAGAUUGGCCGCGGUGACGUCACGCUCUGGUGUCGAGGGUCCGGAGUACCUCAGCCCCAAAUGUACUGGUACCAUCGUUCGCAUGCUCUGACCAAUCAUACGAAGAGACACAGCGGGGACGAUGCUCGUCGCGGUUAUAUAAUCACCGAGGGCAACGGCUGGCUGAACCUGACCAUACCGGAUGUCAGUUUGUCUGACAAGGGCGACUAUAUUUGCAUGGCGAACAGCACCGGCGGCCUGACCAAAAAGAACGUGACCGUUAGCGUUCUGGACAGUGCUCUCGAUAGCACCGAGAGCGUUAUCAGUCUGCCUCUGGCUAUCGGACUCGGCGUGAUCGCCCUUCUCCUUCUCUUCGUCACCCUGAUACUCUGCAUCUGUUACUGUCUUCGGCGCAGAACGCGUCACGAUGUGAAAAGCGCAGAGGCCACGUCACUGGAGCACCACGGUCUCGGUGAACAGGAGAAGUCACUGAUCACCGCGGUAAAUCCAGUAGUGAAGCCGCCCAGACGGUACGAGGCGCCCUCUGUCACCUCCCACGGCACUGAGACGACUGAAAUUAAUCGUACCCUCCUCGACAACGACUCUGUCUUCGCUGGCAGUGGCGUUGGCGGUGGCGACUGUGGUGGUGGGGUCGGUGGUGUCGAUGGUGACGUAGUGGGUGACGAAGAGAGAGAACGAGCGACGUCAGAGCUUGAUAACAGAACACUCAGCCGCGGUACCACGUACAGACAGUAUCCUCCGGAUUUGUUGGCGUUCUCAGGAGGACGCGGAGCCUCGCCGACGAGCCAGGCGUCUACUGCACCGGACAGUUCGCGUCUACCGAAUCAGCUAGGGUCAGCUGCGACAUCAGGACCAGUGCCAUUCGGUUCUCCGUUUGGUUCUCCGUCCUCCGGGCAGUAUCCAGCAGCGUUCAAGACGCUACCACACAAUCGCAGUGUCGCACCGUACAGCCCUGGUCUGCCCGUUAUGCCGCGACAUGGGUACGUGACCAUACCAAGAAGACCUAGGGCACCGAGCUGGAGCAGUGGGCCACCAAUGUCGCCGGAUGGCCUUGAGCCAAUCUACGACAAUCUCGGGCUGCGCACCACUGCUGACGGCAGUUCGGUUCUCUCUCUUAACAAGAGUCCUGAACCUAGUAACGCUAUGAAGAUCAGAAACUUACCGGGGACGCCGACGUCUCAUUACAACACCAUUCAGCGCAGCACUCCCAACAUACUUACAAGCAGUCCUCUGGACAGGGCUGCUCCAGAAGGCGCUCCCGAGUGGCCGUCCAAGCUCGCCGACGAGAUGGAUGACUGUCAGAUGGCUGGAACCCUCGGCAGGAAGGUCCCGCCCAGGCCACCUCCAAAACCCAAGAAGAAAUCGGCUAACGGUCCUCUGUACGAGGACGAGGGUGAGGAUGGCACGGAAGUAUGAUUUGACUACUGAGGAUUCCUCGCUUUACGACAACCGGUAGUGCCUUCGAGUGUGAGAUGAGAGAGACGAUCUGCAGAGAGAUAGAUAGAUAGAGAGAGAGAGAGAGAGAGAGAGAGAGAGAGAGAGAGAGAGAGAGAGCAAGAAUGCAUCUGAAUAUGUAUACCUGUACCCUUGAAUGAGUGAGACGGCAUGAGCCACGGAGUAUGCGUGAUAGAGAGAU